AUGUUCGAAGAUGAAUGUAGUCAGGUCAAAUUUCUCACGAUUACUCAUGUGAUCCACCUGCUAGCCGAAACUAGCGUGAUUCUUACCUACAUGCUACGUCGCAGUCUUGGUGCUUUGCUCUUGGCCUUGGCGAGCCGACCUAAGUGGCAGUCGCUGCUGAAACGUGAAGUAUUUGGAUUUGUUCGCGAGAAUACUAUUCAAGAAUGUCCAGGAGAAAGCCUCCAGCGGAUCUUUUCCUGCAGACAUCCAUUUAGGGCCGCUUAA